UUCUCAUACACAGAUGGAUAUACACAAACUAGGAAUAUUAGUUUGCAAAAACUCGAAACGAAGCGAUUUUCACAAGACCGAGGAAAGUAUUCACCCCGUUGAACCGGACCGGACGGUAUAAAUAAGCAUUAACUCCGAAGUCUGGACCGGGAUCAAAUCUUCACAUUUCCGCGGACAGACUCAUCCUUCAAUCUCCUCCCGAUUCCCUCGUCCAAUCCACUCCAUGGAGCCGAGCUGCCUCGAUUCCCGUCACCUCCGGUUGUCGUUCUCCGCCGCCCCCACAUUAGAAGCGAUGGGGGGAGGUGAUCGUAAGCGGGGCCUUUCGGUAAAUUCAGCGAAGAAGAGGGGCUGUUCGAAGGACACCCUCCUCUCCCUCAGUGAUCAGAAGCGGAGCUUAUCCAAGAUAUUGAGGGAGGAGGCGGCGAUCCUCAACGUUGAGCGCAAAUCUGGAUCCGGCAAGCACAGGAAUCUGUGGCCCAAAGCAGUUCUUGAGGCCCUCGACGACGCCAUCUCCAAUAACCAGUGGGAAUCCGCUCUCAAGAUUUUUGGGUUGCUCCGAAGGCAGCGCUGGUAUGAACCGAAAUCUCAAACCUAUGCAAGGUUGUUGACAAUGCUAGGGAAGGUUAGACAGAUAGAACAUGCAAGGUCACUCUUCCAAAUCAUGCUCUCUGAGGGUCUCAAACCAACGCUGGAUGUAUACACAUCUCUUGUAGGUGCUUAUGGCUAUGGUGGUUUCUUAGAUAGAGCACUUUCUAUCAUUGAUGAAAUGAAAACUAUCUCUGAUUGCAAGCCAGAUGCCUAUACGUAUACAAUCCUCAUUAAUUGUUGUUGCAAGCUCCGGCAGUUUGAUCAGAUUCCUGAAUUGCUGGCUGACAUGUCUUAUUUAGGGAUAGAAUGUACUACUGUUACUUACAAUGCAAUAAUAGAUGGUUAUGGUAAGCAGGAAUGCUUGGAAGAAAUGGAGAAUAAAUCUCUAUCCAGCAUGCUAGAAGCCGGUAGUUGUCUGCCUGAUGUUGUCACUAUGAACUCCAUUAUUGACGCUUAUGGGAACAAUGAAAGGAUUAUAGAGAUGGAAAAAUGGUAUGAUGAGUUUCAGCACAUGGGCAUCGAUCCCGAUGUAACAACAUUCAACAUCUUGGUUAAGUCAUAUGGGAAAGCUGCUAUGUAUGAGAAAAUGGACUCUGUUAUGAAGUUUAUGAAGGAAAGGUUCUUUUCUCCUAGUACGAUCACUUUCAAUCUAAUAAUAGAAUGUUUUGGGAGAGUGAAGAACAUUGAGAAGAUGGAGUAUUAUUUUAGGUUAAUGAAAGUUCAAGGAUUUAAACCGAAUUCCAUAACUUAUUGCUCACUAGUUAAUGCAUAUAGUAGAGCUGGAUUUCUUGAGAAGGUACCUGCAAUGAUCAGGCAAAUAGAUAACUCUGAUGUUGUUCUGGAUACAGCCUUCUUUAACUGUGUGAUUAAUGCCUAUGGUCAAGCUGGAGAUAUUAAUAUAAUGGAAGAAAUGCUCUUGCUUAUGAAGGAAAAGAAAUGCAAUCCAGAUAGCAUCACCUUUUCUACUAUGAUCCAAGCAUACAGGCGUAUGGGAAUGGAUGAAGCUGCUCGGGAAUUGGAGAUCAUGUUGAAUGAUCAUAAAACCAAAAUUCUAAAAACAGGCUGAUAUUAAGCGCAGUCUCCAUACUAUGGACACAAGGUGAUGGGAGGUUAGAUGGAAAUAUAUAGCGGAAUCUUGACUCACGUAUGCGAUCUACGAAUGUCAGGUGGGAGAAAUUAUCUGGAGGCAACGUUAUGAAGGCAUUAUCUCAAUAUCAUAAGCUGAAAAAGGAGGAAUGAUGCUUGCAGUCUGCAUUAGUUGUCAUUGUGCUCGGCAAGCAGAAUCUCUCUGUGUUUUUUUUUCACGCAUCCCAUAUCGACAAGCAGAAUCUCGUUUCACCCAUGAUAUUCAUAAAGAAAAGGGGCCAGAGAUUAUCAAAGAGCAUCACAGUUAACUCGAAGAGUUGAAUCCGUAGAAACCUGUUUUUUGAUUGUUUUUUGGGCUACUCUUAAUUCUUAUAUUCUCCUUUUAUUUACACGACCAAUCUGUUGAAUUUCUUUUUCUAUGGUUUAUCCUCCUUUUUUGUCUAAAAAUUCAUUUCGGUAAGAACAUAGAAUUGUAAUAAUUUUGUACAGUGCGGACAACUUUUGAAAAUGUUGUCAUUUGGUUCACAAGCUUUUGCUUUUUGUGCUAGAUAUCAAGUUGUAAAUGGAAAAACAAAACAAUAAUGAUAAGAGUU